CUUUUACUAGAUCUUCCAUAAGCGCAUGCCACCGGAAGCUGUUGAUUUGGUGUCAAGACUACUUCAAUACUCCCCUAUCCUGCGGUGCACAGCAUUAGAUGCCUUGACUCAUCCUUUCUUUGAUGAGCUUCGUGACCCAAACACUCGCUUGCCAAAUGGCCGCUUCCUUCCGCCACUAUUUAAUUUCAAAUCUCAUGAGCUAAAGGGAGUCCCCAUUGAAACCUUGGUGAAAUUAGUUCCCGAGCAUGCAAGGAAGCAGUGUCCGUUUCUUGGCUUGUGAUAUGAUGUCAUGAAAAUGUAACAAAACUCUAAGUGUUGUUUCAAUAUGAAUACCUCGCUUUUCCUCUAUUUAUAAUGUGAUAUUUGUUGCUACC